AUCACAUCGGCUACAAGUGUCGAGUUGCACAACAGCGUGGUCGAAUCUAAGUCACGUGAGCUGUACCACUUGCUUCUAGUCUAGUAUUACGGUCAUAGUAUUACGAGUCGCUGUAUGUGGUAGACUAAACUUUGAUAUAUUUGUGUUCAAUAGUUGCGGAUAGAUAACGAACAGAAUGCGUGUGAGCUUUCUCGGCCCCUCAGGAUUCGACCAAGCUAUGACAUUCUAUUUCGCUCGCUUCCUUCUCCUCGCGGUAGUCCACGCAGAGCUUAUUCUGAGGUUGCCAAUCUCACUAGAUGUAUACGAUCCGGGUAGACCAGAUCUUUUUCUCAUCGCCGACAUCACCGUUGACGCUAUGAGUUUCCGACAAUUGGUUGAUACAGGCUCUCCUGUAACGUUCUUCAUUUGGCGCAAAUGGUACGAAAGUGUCAAGCCCGGUGGGUGUGAAACUAUUCCUUCCAAAUGUUAUGCGUGCCUUCCCGAGUGCACUCCUGGGCCAACAGAAGUCUUCUCCUUCCAAGACGGGACGGAAGUCACACUGUUUAAGCAUUCGGGAGCAUUCUCCUUUGGAGGGAAGGUGGUGCGGAACAUCGACUUCGGCCUGAUGGCGAAUUUCAAUUUCGAGUAUACGUUCCCUCCGUCACUGAUUGGCCUCGGAUACCCCCAUAAAGAACCGGCACCUUACGAACCGCUGAUCAAGCAACUGUUGGACAAACCGAAGGCUCAGAGGCUCAUAGGGAAGAACAUGUUCUCUGUGUAUCUCGACUCUGCCGCCAAGCCCACCGGGGAGCUCCUUCUCGGCGGGCAAGAUCCUACAAAGUACGUUGGGCCGAUGGUAUUCGUCCCAAGUGCGAAGGAUCACUGGGAAGUGGCACUUAUUGGAAUGAAAGUGGGAGCAAACGCAGAGGUUAAGUUUGGGAAGCCUAUGUCUACUGAGAUCGACACUGGCGCCACCGGCAUUUUCAUGUCGGAAUCUUACAGGAAUAAACUUCUGAAAGAUCUCCAGUCUACUGCGACCAAGCCUGUCAAGUUCCAGCCUUAUGAGGAUUUGUUUGAGAUCAAUUGCGCUGAUCGCCAAAGUCUUCAGCCGGUGACACUGUUCAUGAGGGGUGCUGGUGGACAGAGUGUUCCCCUGGAGAUCCCUCAAGAGCACUAUAUCAGGCUCUAUGGUCGCCACUGCUUGUUAUUCUUCGGGCUGACCGACAUCGACACCUGGGCCAUUGGCAACCUCGUCCUUCCUGGGCGAUACUUGCUCUUCGAUUACCAAGAGAAUAAGAUCGGUUUCGCUAAGACCAAGUAGCGUACACUAUUCUCCAUUAGGGGACACAAUGAUUAGUCAGAGAGGGUUCUACUUGCGUGCGACCCUGAUGGGCACGCGUGCUUUUGCUCGGGCCGAGCUAUGGCCAUCCCUAUUAUUAGAUAGAUAGAUCCGAUU